AUGGCAGAUCUCAGCCCCAGGUCUGAGAUCUCAUUCUUGCAAACUUUCCUGUGCAGUGCUUUCGCUGCCUGUUUCGCUGAGUUCUGCACCAUUCCUUUAGACACUGCUAAAGUCAGGCUCCAGCUCCAAAAGAAAGCAGUUGUGGGGGAUGCAACUGGCUCACAGAACUAUAGGGGCUUGUUCGGUACUAUGGCUACCAUUGCUAGGGAAGAAGGUUUAGCAGCACUUUGGAAUGGCAUAAUUCCAGGAUUACAACGCCAGUGUAUUUACGGAGGCUUAAGGAUUGGGUUAUAUGAUCCUGUCAAAAUUUUCCUUGUUGGCAGUGCUUUUGUUGGAGAUAUUCCUCUGUUCCACAAAAUACUUGCUGCUCUAUUGACUGGUGCUCUGGCAAUCAUAGUGGCUAAUCCAACGGACCUUGUGAAGGUUCGACUUCAAGCUGAAGGAAAAUUGCCAGCUGGAGUUCCUAGGCGUUAUUCUGGAGCUGUAGAUGCUUAUUUCACUAUAGUGAGACAGGAAGGAGUAGGGGCCCUGUGGACUGGGCUGGGGCCAAAUGUAGCACGAAAUGCUAUUAUAAAUGCUGCUGAACUAGCCAGUUAUGAUCAAGUAAAGGAGACGCUUUUGAACAUUCCAGGGUUCAUGGACAAUAUUUUCACUCAUCUCCUAGCUGGUCUGGGUGCCGGUUUUUUUGCAGUUUGUAUUGGCUCUCCUGUUGAUGUGGUGAAAUCUAGAAUGAUGGGAGAUUCUACUUACAAAAACACCUUUGACUGCUUCAUCAAAACUUUGAAGUAUGAGGGAUUUUUGGCCUUUUAUAAAGGGUUCCUCCCAAACUUUGGUCGGCUGGGAUCUUGGAAUGUGAUUAUGUUUCUAGUGCUAGAGCAAGCGAAAAAUAUUUUCAGGGUAUGA